GUUAACAUUUCCCUUUCCGCAUCAAGUUCCGAACAGAGCAUAAAUUCCCAAAAACUACCGGUAUCCAAUUUCCUCCGACAAAAAGAACGAUCUCCGCUACCCAAAAACCUUGCUAUGAACCCUAAACGGAACAGGUGUACAGUGAAGGAAGCUAACGAAGAGAAGCUCGUUCUCCAAAUUCCUCUGCUGAAAAGUUGAAAGCCAUGUCGACCCGAAGCACCGAAAGCGGUAGUGAUUCAGGUUACAGUAGUCGUAGCCACGAUUCCGACGACGACAAUGUCGAAAGCGAUGACAACGACUCCGGCUACAGUCGCAGCCACGAUUCCGACCACAUCGGUCGACUAAGCGACAACGACUCGACCCCAGUUCAUGGACCCAGCGGUCGCUUGUCCGAUGAACCCUCUCCGAAACGGCGUUGUAGAAAGAUAACCACCACCGUUGAUCGAAUCUCUGAGUUGCCUGACUCUGUACUCGCUCACCUUCUCUCCUUCGUACCGGUUGAAGACGCCAUCAAAACCCAGCGUCGUGCCCAAAGGAGUUGUUGCCUGGAAUUCGCUAACUAAAUUGUCGAUUGGCUAUGUGGAGUUGAGUGAUGCUGUGAUUCGGAAGAUACUAGCGGGUAGUCCCGUAUUGGAGUUUUUGGAAAUUUACUGCUUCUAUGGUUUCGAUUGUAUGCAUGUUAGUCAUUCAGCUUUGAAAGAAUUGAUCUUGAGAGAAAUUUGGGGCUUUGAAAGUUAUCGUGUCGGCUCUGAGUUGGAAAUUUCAGCUCCUAAUCUUCAGUCGUUGCAGAUUUUAGGAUGUUUAGGGAGGACUACUUGUCGGCUGCUUGAUGUAUGUAUCGUCUCUGGUUGAUGCCACACUCAAUUUUAAGUUGAUAAGGCCCGGUGAAGACAGUGAAGAUGAUAGUGACCUUGACCCCGAGGAUGGUUAUGAAAGUAUUCAAAACUUUUUAAGGGGACUUCUCGAGAGCCUUGUUCAUGUGAAGAACAUUACUUUAGGUACUUGGGCUAUACAGGUACUAUCAAUAAUGGAAGCCAAAGGUUUGCGCUCUCCCCUAUUGAAGUGCAAAUGUUUAAGGCUAGAUACUCCUAUCUUCCAAUCAGUCCUCCCUGGGAUAGCUAACCUGUGGGAAAGUUCGCCUAAUCUGGAGACAUUCAGAGUCACAACCAUGUCCUCUUCCAUAUACUAUGAGGAAGAGGCCCUUUCUCGCGAGUGGAAGUGGUUAUGUGUUGAAUUAUUUCUCCAUCACGUUUGUGAUGUUAAGUUAGCGUUCUUUUUUCGGCAAUACACCAAACAUAGGUAGAAAACCUCUCCACUUGCCCAGAAAGAAAUACCUUGAAGAACAGAAAAAGUCAUUCCUAGCCAUGCAAAGGAAAUUGCUCCCAGCUCGAAAGCCUCAGCCAAACAGAACACUGACUCAAUCUUCUACUAACGAGAGAAAGGUACACAACCUAAAUUGCUAUGUUACAUAGACUCUUCCAUAAGUAAAAUCAAUCGGACACUCGAGCAUCAAAUAUGGUUAUGGGGCUUGUUUCCAACGCCUUUAACUAAAUAUUCACCCAGCAGCCUAGAAAGCAUGUUUUAUAAUCCAUAAGUGCCAUAAAUUGUGUAUAUAGCUGCUAUAUUAAGCAAGAAAUGCUUUGAAACAUUUUGUAGGCACCAUUUAUAUAAGAAAUAUAAAAGAAAAAUACUUGGGAAUAUGGACGUUUUGGCGUGUCCCCUAGUCCUUUAGAUGACAACAUAAAAUUAGAUGAAUCCGACACUUAGACACAUACGUGUAUCAAUAGCUAAAACGUAAACUGAGGUGGCAAGGGGCUGCCUCCCUUUCCUUGCUUUGAUGGGCUUGAUUGUUUUUCCUAGUGUUUUCAUACCGAGAUGGUUUGGCUUGAUAGGAAUCAUUUCUCUAAUUCAGAAGAAGCUCUACUCGAUGUUCAAAAAUUAUCCUACUGAUCUAAGCACAAUCUUCCUGUAUAGACAGCAUAGCAUUGCACUGAAUUGGGACUAGCAAACAUGUUAAUGCUGCAAGCCUGCAAUCAAUGUUACCAUUUGUAUAUAUAUGAUCCUGUUGAAUUAUCAUUGUGUUUGCUUUGUGAUCCACUCUUUUCCAAACUA